AUGGCGAUGAUGAGGAUAAGAAGAACAAUUCAAGCAGUGAUCAGUACCACUACUACAAGCAGGUGGUCUGAUGAACUCCCAGAAGAAAUCAUGCAAUUGAUUCUGCAACGGCUAUGCCUCCCAGACUAUCUCCGCUGUGGCGCAGUAUGCCGUUCUUGGGGAGCCGCCCUAGCCGUUAAGCGUUGCCCUCCUGCCCCUCAACUUCAGCUUCCCUGGCUCAUGCUCCGUUCACACCCGUUCUCUCUCAAAGAUCAUUACUUCUUGAGUCUAAGUGACAACAAAACUCACAAGUCGUCGUCGUUUGGCUCUAACGAUUAUAUAAGCAGGCGAGAUUGUGUUGGUUCCAUCGAGGGGUGGUUGAUUAUGGUUGAUAGUGAAUUUUGGCGUCCCGAGGGUUUUUUGUAUCCUUGGUCAUUCUGCUUGCACGCCUUGCAAGGGUAUCAUCUCAAUUACCCUUAUACUACCCUCAACUUCUUCUUGAACCCGAUUUCGGGUGUUCGGGUCAUGCUGCCAUCACAAUCCACCAUUCCACACAUGUACGGCAGCAGACCUUUCUUUUUAAGGAAAGUGCCAGUGCUAGAGGGUAGACACUUCAUUUCUCUGGAUAUAGAAAUAAUUGAUGGGAAAUUAUAUGCUGCAAAUCGGAAAGCAGCAGAGUUUUUGAUUGUGUACGAUCUCCAAAUGUUACAUGCUGAAGGCCAUGCCAAUGCCGGGCCUCCUGGUAAUAUGUACAGUGGGCCGCCUCAAAAGUUGGUUAUGCUUCAUCCAAGGCCAGUUCGUUCCCUGUCCUCUUACACUAUGGGUGACGUCAGGUAUUUUACCGAAAGGGAAGGCCCUCGCUUAGCAAAAGAUCCUACAACAAAGGACUUGUUUAUGGUUUUCCAUAACACUAGUCAUGCUUUUAAAAAGGAUCCAAUACUUCCCCUGUCCCUCCUCUUAGAUCACGAUUAUGUCAUUCCCCCUCGAACUAAAGGAUUUCGAGUGUUCAAGCUUGAACUUAACAGCAAUGGUCCUCAGUGGGUAGAAGUUGAAGACCUCGGCGAUAGGAUAUUGUUCCUGAGCAAGGCAAGCAACAAGAUCAUCUCUGCUACAAGCCUCAAUCUCAGUUAUGGAGAUUACAAGAAGAGAGUUGAAGGAAAUUGCAUUUGUUUUGCUUUCGAUAAUCCUUGUUUAGCAUCACCGUGGACGGGACGCAACUUUGGGGUGUUUUCCUUGACAAACAAGAGCAUCCAGCGUUUUAUUGUUCCCAAUGAUCACCCUCGUACUAGCCUAUACAAUACUCAAACUGUUUGGUUCACACCAUAUAUUGAGUAG